AUGACUUCCCAAACCAAUACCUACUUAACGCCACCGUCCUCCGCCACUCCUCGUGGGUGGUGGUCACGACCAAUAGUGACUGUGCCGGCAAGUAAUGAUCGUGAAGCCACUUUCAAGGAAUCUGCAGCUCAGGCGACACCAUAUUGUGCCGGCUUUUUAACCUUUUUCGUCCCAUGCUUCAUCCUUUUAUCCAUCGACAAUGUUCAAUUCCAUGCCAAAAUCUCCAUCCAAUCCAUCUCCGCAUCCUCCGCCACGUGGCAGAUCGAUUUCCUCAUGCAAAAACCGAGCUCGAGGUAUUCAAUCUACUACGACGUCGAUGAUACUACCGUGAAUCUCGGUCCUCUAAACGCCGCCGUUUUAAACGUCACUCGUAAACGUGAUUCUAGAGAUCACACGGCUUUCUCGUUGGCUUUCCUUGCUGAGGAAGGUAAUAGAAGCGACGUCGUUUCAGAGGAGCUUGACAUCAACCUCAGGGCGAAGCAUAAGCGUUACAUAGCUGAUAAUGAUGAAGCUGGACACUUCAAUAUACGAUGCCAAAAUCUGACCCGAAGCCGUGAGAAGAUUACUUGUCAAUCCUCUUUUACACGUUUGAAGAUCUUGUUUUUAACAUAUGAUAGAACAAAAGGGUUUGAAUUAAAUUAG